CUCAAAAAGCGCACGCAAAGGGUGGCUUAACAGUGGUCAUCGACCCUCGCGUUGCAGUUUUGAAACCUACCCGCAGCGCUGCGACUCCGCAGCUGCAACGGAGUCAGAUUUCCCAUCGCUGCACGGAGCAGAUUUCAAGAUGGCCAACACCAACGACCCGGUGGCCAGCAACAUAUGGACGCGAGACGCCUGGCUGGAAUAUGAGCGCGACGUGGAUGAUAUCGCGCGCCUCAGCAAGGGGCCGUCCUGCGUCGUUUAUCUCCAGCGCCACGGCUACGCCAACGGCGACGACGUGCGCGCGUUUGGAUCCGUCCUGCCCGCGGCCGCGCGGCAGGUGUCGGCGACGGUGCUCCGGGCGCGCCGCCUGUCGCCCGAGCUGAAGCGCAUUCCCGAAGACCUCGUCGUGAGGCACGUGCUGCCCUAUCUGUUUGAGGACGAACCGGUAGGGGAGAGCGCGGAGGACAGAUAUAACCAAUUCAGGCGCAUGAACCUAACCGAAGAUUGCGUCGGUCGAUCACUGUCCUGUUAUCUUGCGCUGCGCCGGGGCGACGCGUGGAGCCAGGGUGACGUACAUCCUGGGUGGCCCAAAUUCAUCUUUGAUAUGGGGGCAGGAUACGAUCAAGGCAUUCCCAUCCACACCAUCUGCAUCAUCAACAUGCUCUGGUGGCAACUAAACCACGAAGGGGGCGACGCCGAUGUGAUGCUUCAAGCGGUCAAGCAGCAAUAUAAUUUGGAGUCGUCGGAACACGCAUCGCUCCUCCUCUGCGCGGGCGCGCUAAGCCUCUCGGUGGCUUUGCACGGCGAUGAUCCGGUCCAGGGGACCGGGCGGCCAUUCACUGGCAUCUUCGCGGCAGCGCAACCCCUCGACCUCAAGCGCGUCGAGGCCUUCAUCGUCGCAAAGAUCGGCUGGCGCUGCCUGCUCACGGCGCCGGAUCACAUCGUAGCGCAUCUAUUACAGUGUGGAUCGACCUACGCGAAUCUCACUGACGAGGAGGGAAUGCUCGACGUACAUGUCCGCAAUGACUUGUGUAGGCGCUGUGCAAACGUAUCUCGGAUGCUGGCGUGCCAGGAUUAUUUCUUCUCGCUACCCCCAACGAUAGUCGCCGCCAGCGUGCUCUACCACGUCCGCAAAUCCCUUCUUACCGAGGAGACGGCGUGGAACCCCGGGCUCGAGCAGCUCUCGGGGUACGCUUCCGACUUGGUCAAAGACGUUGCCAACCUGCUCACCGACGUUGUUCCCGAUCCUGCCCUCCCGGCGUGGCCGUGGAUCCAUAUGGGAGACGCACACGACUCGGAUUAGGAGUAUGACUGGAUGGGCGGCAGCGACACUGCAUGUGAUAAGUAACAA